UCUAUUUUGGCAACACGGAUACGCAUGGAGCCUCCAUCACCUCCAGCCUCCUCUUUACGCACCGACUCCCGAGAAUGCGCGCAGGUACGGGGAAGCCAGCCGCCUCGCUCAGCCGCUAACCUCCCUGUUUAAGGACUAAUAUGAAAGAAGUGGAUUUAGAGAGCGUAAAGCAUGGAUGUCUUGGCGAACCACAGUAUCUUUCAGGAACUUCAGCUCGUGCACGACACCGGCUACUUCUCGGCCAUGCCUUCGCUGGAGGAGAACUGGCAGCAGACCUGCCUGGAAUUGGAGCGCUAUCUGCAGACAGAGCCCAAGCGUUUGUCGGAGCUCUUUGACCAAGACUUGGAUGGCCUCCUAACUCCAGCCUACAUGAAGGAGGAUGGAGAGGAGGAGCUGUCAGACACCCUGCUCCCCAGCCUGCCGAGGCUCCCAGAACCACCGAGCCCACCUCCGGUGAUCCUUUGCCCUACUCGAAAGAACUUCCCUUCCCCUGGCGCUGUGAGGAGAGACCUCAAAGCCAAAGGACAAGGGGUGGAAAAUAUAGAGGGCAUGGAAGGGGUCCACCAGGCUCAGCUGAGUGCCGUCACCUCCCUGACACCUCCGUCAUCACCAGAACUCGGCCGACACCUCGUCAAACCCAACCAGACGCUGACGGCCUCGGCUGAUGGGACACUCACCUUGAAGCUGGUAGCCAGGAAGGUGGGGCUCAGCGCAGCCCGGUUGGUGGCGGGGCACACGCUUCCUGUCCAGGUGAAAGAUGAAGAUGAGGGGGCUGCAUGUGUGAUCGGGGUUGGAGAGCUACCAGAAAACAAGAAGAGGAUUCACCGCUGCCAAUUCAAUGGCUGCAGAAAGGUGUACACCAAGAGCUCCCACCUAAAGGCCCAUCAGAGGACACAUACAGGUGAGAAGCCAUACAAGUGCUCGUGGGAGGGCUGCGAGUGGCGAUUCGCCCGGAGCGACGAGCUGACGAGGCACUACCGCAAACACACCGGCGCCAAGCCUUUUAAGUGCAACCACUGUGACAGGUGUUUCUCGCGGUCGGAUCACUUGGCGCUACACAUGAAGAGGCACAUCUGAGAAAUUCGGGAGAGGUCAGCGGGAGAGUGGAUGAAAGAGAGAGGAAAAGGAUGGAGGCAGAGUGGAAGAAAGAGAGGGAACGUCUGCAGAAAAAUAACACCUUGGAUUUCAGAGAGAGACGGCAGGACAGAUUGAAAAAAAAAAAGAAAACACAAGAUCUGGUCUUUCUCGACUGGAGAAAUGGAAACCACACAGGGACUACAGACAGAAAUACAGGCAGACAGACAAACUGAUCCUAAGUGGCUCUGUCAAUCUGUGCACGACCAGUUGGUCCAUGAUUCCACGGUGACACAUCUUCACCUCACAACCGCCCCCCCCCCCCCCCCAACUCCCCUGUGUUGUCGCGUGGACUAUACAGACGCUCCAUCCCACCCUUCAUAUGUGUCUCAGAGGGGAUGUCACAUGAUGAGCGACAGGCCACGUGCUUGUAGUUGGCAGCUUUUUAUUUCUCACCCUUUGCAGUCUUUGCCUUGCUGUGGUCCCUCUGUGAAAUGCUUCCAGCCCUGUUCAUGCAGCAGUGCUCCACAUGCCAGCUAGGACACCAAUGCCAAACUGGACCAGUUGUACUGUAACUCUGUUGUACUGCGAUGAGUACUACUGUUACAACACAUAUAUUUGAAAAGAAGACUUCAUUUUCAAUAGCAGUUCAGCCAAGCAAGCGCGAAGGCUGACUUUCACUCCCUCAGUACUCGCCACACCCUUUAGAAUUCACCAUUUCUUAUAUAUCCAACAAAUAUUUGACAGUUUUCAUCAAACGUCUGUCUUAUCUGCCAACUGGAUCCAUUCAUAAAUCCCUAUGACUUCAUGGCAUAUGAGCACUUGCUUGAAUGGAGCGUUUCAUUAGAUUUCGAAGACUUGAAAAUGGAAGUGUGUCCCACUGAUGUGCUGUGAAGACUGACUGAGGUCAUGUAGGCGGUUAGCUUGCUCUAUGAACUUCUUUUACCGGUUACGACUAGGCAAGGCUAACUUACCUACACUGGGAAAGACUCCUAGAACAUCAGCUGGAACUGAGUGGUUCAAGAGAUGCGAGAUGGCUCUUAGGAGUGUUUUUCCUCUCUGGGAUCUUAGCACUAAUGAGUUGUUGUCAAAAAACUGUUGCACAAUUGACUCUGUUGGCAAACUUUUGUAAAAAUGUAUCCACUGUCUUGAACCGGGAAUUAAUUAGGGACUCAACAAAUGCUGGCUUUCACGUGCCAAAUGAGCAUGGACAGCCAAAUGCACAAGUUGAAGCAGCUAGCUAGCUGCGAUAGCACACCGAACACAAACAAAAAUCACUAUGUACGUAAAGGCUAUUUUAUUUCUAGGAAAUAGUUCUCCUGUUUGUUUGAAGAAAAAAAAAACAGUUAAAAAAGACAGCGUUGGAGAAUUCACUGGCAGACAAAAAACAAUUAAAUAAAAAAAAUAAAAAACUCUGCAGUAGAUGCCCAAAAUGAUCUCUUUGGCACUUGAGAGUGAUUGGCAACUAACUAGCCACUAGGUUCUGCCCUUUUCAUACCAUCCUUGCAUACUACUUUUUCCAAUUUAGCAGCUCUUAGACAGCCUUUUCGGAAACAAAUAAUUUUUAAAAAAGCACCAUUUAACAGCUCUUUAAACAUGGCCCUAUGCAGAUCAAAAGACAUUCCCGAUCAACAUGUAGGACUGAAUGCAGAUUUCUACUCUGCCAGACAAAGAAGAACUUUUUGGAAGAAACAAAUUUAAUGAACUGGGUGGCUCUUCUCAGAGCAAAUCAGCGUGAAUGUAUCUAUUGCAAGUCUAAACAUGUUGCUGGGCCCAGAAGUGUGGUUGGUAAGAUCAUACAAGGCACCAUUUGUAUUUAUACUUUUUUACUUUUAAAAUGAACAAUGGGAUUUGGAAAACUAGCUAGCCACACCUGGUAACUUUUACUGGACCACUGAGAGGUCAUGAGUAUGGAUUUCCAGUGGGUCUGGAGUGUGUUAGGGGAGGAUGGGAUCUGCUCAGUCAGCAAUGAUAACUGCCCCAUCAGCUCACAAAACUGCAGCGGAGUGAAACCCACACGCACAAAGAGACACAUACAUUCACUCUGAGAAAACUGGAAUUAUCAUCUGUCCUGUGUGACCUGACUUUACUUAGAUACAACCAAGACUGAUAAAAAGGUCAUAAACAUCUUCGUGUCGCAGAUGAAGGUAAACACAGGCUCAUCUCAAGCACACACAAAUAUAGAAGAGAGCUUGAACAAAAGUAGACUGUGAAGAUACUGACGAAACUUUACUGAGGACAGCUGCGUCAAAGCGUAAAUUCUUUAUUUUAAGACUUUAAUUUGUGUGCUUUGCUUUGAAGCAAAAGUUAACCUGCAUCUGUUUGCAUUUUAGAAUGAAAGACACAACAUUUACUUUACUGUGUUACACCGGAGGCACAUAACAGUUUGUGCAUUAGUGCAGUCUAGCUCAAUAUUUUCUAGACACGAUAUAGUAAUGGCUCUGAAGGUAGAUACAGCAUCAAUAACGUCUUUACAUAGUGAACUUAUUCUAAAUGUGGAAGCAAGUCUGACGUUUAUUUGUUCUUCAGCAAAUACCUGUCAGAUAACUUGUUUUUUCUCUCUCCUGUCUUUGCAAGGUCCAUUUGCAAAGACAAAAGAGACUGACCACUUAAUUUUAAGGAGGCCAAAAUUUUUCACAAGCCUUCCAGAUUGAAACUACUAUUAGUAUUUAGCUGUGUCUCAACUUGCAUACUUCCAUACUUGCUGUUUGCAGGCGUGUUCCUUGAGGAAAAUCCAUUAGCUAAGUGAGGCAUGGUAAAAUGCUGCUAUCCACUUGUUAAGUCCGACAUUAUUAGCCAAUUCCAGGUCUAAACGCUCCUUCGGUUCCCAAAACACCAAGGCACCUUUUAAACAGUUGAAAUUCUUUCAGCUCCAAUAAAAAUGAUUACUAUGGCUGUUCUUUCAAGUGUAACAAUAAAGAUUCAUGUCCAGCCAUCCAUGAAAAGAGGAGCUAGUAACUUUAGCAGGGUUAGAUGUUAGCAGGAAGUUAGCUGACUACAUAUAACAUGCUCUAACUGAAGUAUUCUAAAAUUAAUAAAUAAAUAAAAAGACAACAAUGCUAUACCUUUGGACAACAACAAAGAUGGAACACUAAAUAGUAGCAAUGUUUGGAGAGUUAAAGACAUUUGACUAAUGGGAUAAAUGGAUAUUUGCACAUAAUAAGUGCUACCUGGUGGCUAGCUGCAGAGCUAUAGCUAAUAUAAACACAAUAGCACAGGGAAGAUGACGGAUUUAAACUGUUCUCCGUGUCAAGGAAGAAGACGAGAAGCUGUCCACAGCUCGAGGUUAGUUAUUUUUUUUGCUGUGCAGUUUAGCUGAAAAAACAAAAAAAAGUCAUGGUCUUAAGCUUAAUAUAGUCACUGAAAUCUGAGCUAGACUAAGAGUGAUUCUUUGGGUUAUAGUGCACAUAAUGAGCUUUUAAAAACGGAGCUUAAAGACAUGAUGCACAUGAAUAUUUCUAAUAAAAAAAAUUUAAAACCAGCUUUUUUUUCUAUUAACUAAAACACAGCACAAAGCAUUACAGCCUGAGACAAUGCAGUAAAUGCUUGGACCUGGAAACAGGGUUGAUACGUCGUCACUUAACUAGCAGAAUGUCAGUUUCUCUUCAUGCAUGGAAAAUUACUAACAUAAGUAUCGGAAUUGAGACACAGAUUAGGAAAUGAUGAAUACUGGAAGCAUUUUAGAUUUGGAAAUGAUGAUUUGGAAGUCUUUCACUUUGUACCAGGCUAUCAGACCCAAGUUUUUCCUGCUUAGCUUCUCUCCUCAUGUGAAGAUGAAAUGAAGAAUUCAAGUUUAACCUGUGGGUUAAAAUUGUAUCAUCGAUGGCAGCUCUACUUGUGCGUAUUUGAGUAUUUCAACAGGGUACGCUCCUGUUGAAGUGAACUGUUGCAAAUGAGUGGGAAAAGGGGGAUUUUUUAUUUAUUCUUAGAUUUUUAUUUUGUUUGGUUUGGGGGGGGGGGGGGGGGUUGUGUGUUCACGCUCCUUACCAUUCAAGGAUAGCGGAACAUUUUGGACUGAAAUUUUAAGAGUUUAAAGAUAUGGAUCCCAAUGACAGGACAGUUUAAAAUUUUGCCUGACUCUUGUUGUGAGCUGACAGAAACAAUUUUUCUCUUCAUGUAUCUGCCGGGAACUCGAGAACUGGGAUUUCAAAAGUGAAUGUGUUUUCUUGGAAAGGUCGUUUCAUGUCGUCUCUGAGGAUGCGGUUCAGUUCUGUGUCAUCUUAAUGAAUGAUUGUUAAUUCUGCCGUGCCUGUGUUUUUCUUCGUCCGUUUGUAUUUGCACUCUGAAUUUUUUGGAAAGCUCACUUGCAUAUCUGCUGUUUUCUGUCUGCUUGUGUACCACUCUUCACACGACGACCCCUCGGCGAUGAAACACUGGUCACAAAAGUCUGUAUAGUAGCCGGUUUUUUUUAGCACAAAAGGUACAUGCAUACACGCUUCACGGAUUCACAUACAUUGCAGAUGUGCAGACAAACCUACACAAGCCGCAUGCCUGCAGACACGCUCGGACGCAUCCAUAAAUGCGCAAAUAUGUACAAGCACAUCUCGAAUCCACGCACUCACAAAAACACACACACACAGACACAAACACCUAUCCUGCGCUCUCCUUGUGGGUUUUUCCUACACCUUGUGAGAGUCGGAGAUCCAGACUGCAGCUCUUGCUCUCAGCAGAGGGGGGUGCACACGCAUUACUAUGUGUGACACCACUUCUGUUUCCACCAGGUCUGAAUUUUAAAUCAAACACACCCCCGUUUUUCUACCAGCAUUCUCUCAUCACUUCCCCCUCUUCCUCCUCCCCCUCCUCCUCUUUCCCUCCCUACCCCCUUCCUUCCAUUUUCUCAGAUAUGAUCCCUUUCAACUCCUCUCCUCUGUCCGACCCCCCCCCCCACCACCACCUGCCUCCCAACCACCACCGUUCCACCUCCACCUCCCUUCUAUUUUUUCUCCUCUGUUCUCUUUCUCCUUUUCUUUCUCUGUAAAAAGUGUUUCAAAUUUAUCAUUUGUAUAUUAUGAUGUAUGGGUACGAUAAUGUUCUUUAUUAUGGAAAAAUGAGAAAGAUUUAUUUUUGUUACCGGUUUGUUUCAUAAUUCCUUUUUUAAAUUGGUAUUGUAAUAUCUCUAUGCAAGGAACUGUUCGGUGAAUCGUUUUUAUUUAAGAAUGUAAUUAUGUGUAAUAAAUGGUAGAAGCAG